AUGAAUCGCUUCCUAGGCAAAUUGAGUCGCCGAGAUAGCUCUCCAGCUUCUCCGAGCGACAAUGAGACCACUCAUGAUGAUGACUCACCUGAGGCGGCGCUUCUUCAUGAAUUGAAAACCUUCUGCGAAUCCAACAGUAGCCCACAGGAAUCGCAAGGAAAUGAAUUUGUUCACCUUCCUCGAAUCGUUGAGCUCGCCGAGUCGAGCCCCGCCGCCGCUAAGGAAGCCGCCUACCGCAUUCGCAAAUACUUGAAGACUCCGACCAGAGUCUCGAACCAUAUUCAGUACAAUGCGAUUAUGGUCAUGCGCAUCUUGGCCGACAACCCGGGACACACCUUUACGCGCAACUUCGAUACCAAAUUCGUCACCACAAUUAAGGAGCUGCUGCGCUACGGCCGAGACUGGCAUGUGCAGCACUACCUGCGUCAGUACCUGAACACCCUCGAGGGCACCCGACUUGGCGACGAAGAUCUCCAGGAGCUCCUUCAGAUGUGGGCCAAGGAGAAAACCAAGGGCGACCGGUCCUUUGCGGAUCGGUUCCCCCAAGCGAAUCCGGCGAAUCCGGGGUAUAAUCCUCAGAUGGCCCCAACCCCGCCACCGCACCCGCGUGCUCAGAUGCAAGCACCGACCGCUGCCUACCCCGAGCCAGGCGAAUUGGCGGCGCGCGUGGAGGAGGCACGGAAUUCCGCCAAGCUCCUCACGCAAUUUGUACAGAUGACACCUGCUUCAGAGAUUGACCAGAAUGAACUCAUCAAAGAAUUUAUUGAUCGCUGCCGAACAUCUUCGCGACUCAUUCAGUCUUACAUUCACGCGAACAACCCCGCACCCGAUGAAGACACCCUUCUCACCCUAAUCGAAUGCAAUGAUGAAAUCUCCGUUGCGCUUUCGCAGCAGCAGCGCGCUAUGUUGAAGGCUCGUAAGGCCCGAGGCUCGACGAGUCCUCAUUCCAACUCGAAUGGCAAUGGUGCCAUCAACCCGAUUAUGGCAUCUGGUGCGCGCCAAGAAACCUCGCCCUUGAUUGACUUGGAUACCCCGGCCAUGACGGAUGGCCGCAUCAGUACCGUCAGAGAUAUUCAUGAGCCGUACGAGUAUCAGGCAUCGGACUUUGAGGUGGAGAAUCCAUUCGCUGAUAACCAUGCCACGCAUAACACUGACGCGGACCGGAACCGAGCCAAUGCUGGCCAGGAGCGAACGGUGCAUUUCCCAUCGGAGCAUGCAUAA